CGAUGAUGGAAGCGCCGAAAAUGUGACAACUGUGGGCGACUUCUGUUGAUUCUUGAACCACUGUUGUGAUCAUCAACGGAAGUGUAACUCACAACUGCACCACCAUAUCAAUCCCGGUCGAGCCUCCGUGUCUAUAGCCCUGUAAAUCGAACUUGCUCGACCGGACCCAUAUCCAGCCUCGAGGUUGCAAAAAUCAAAUAUUUAAUAUUGUGACAACAUGACAAUGCGGGACGUUCUCUACGCUUCUUUCCUCCUUCCUGUCUUCUUCACCAUCGAAUGCACGAGAGGCGUUCUCUACGUCUCGGACGGAACGCCUGGUAGCGGUCCAUUGCGCUUGGUCGUCUUGCUACUCAACAUCCUCGCGUUCGGUCCGCUUCGAGUGGUGUUGGGGUGGUUUUUGAUGAUCAUAUGGUUGCCUGUGCGAGCUCUGCUUUGGUUCAUGGGCAUAGGAAGAGGAGCGCCAAAGAAAGGCUCGGCCGCAGCAACAUCGCGGUUCUAUGAAUUCAAAAAGAGACGCGCGGAGGGACUGGAAGGAGACAGGGGAAGGUUGGUCUGGAGGACUUGAGGUAUCACUAUUCGUUUUGAUUUUUUCUUGUGCUGUACUGCUGGUUCUUGCACUGUUGUUGUUGUUACAUGAUUUGUUGUUGUCGUUUUAUUUUGUAUUUAUGCCUCCUCCUGUAGCUCCCUUGCUUGCAAGUAACCUAGUACUUUGCUGUAUCGUACAGAAAGGUGCUCAGCGCUCAACAUUACCUUCCCAUUCAAGUUGAAC